AUGUCUAACUUUACCACUGUGAAUGAGUUCCUCCUCAUGGGGUUUUCUGACAUCCGAGAGCUACAGAUCAUAUAUUCUUUCCUUUUCUUACUGAUUUUCUUGGCUACCCUGUUGGGGAAUCUGCUUAUAGUCACUGUUACAACUAUUGACAGGCGUCUUCACACCCCUAUGUUCUUUUUCCUUAGAAAUCUGUCUGUUGUGGAUGCCUGCUACAUAACAGUCAUUCUCCCUAAAGCAUCCAUCAAUUCCUUGUUGAACAGCAGAGCUAUUUCAAAGAGUGAGUGUGUGGCCCAGAUCUUCCUUGUGGUUUUCUUCUUCUAUGUGGAGCUGACUUGCCUUGCCAUUAUGGCCCAUGAUCGCUAUGUUGCCAUAUGCCACCCACUCCAUUACACAAUGAUCAUGAGUCCCCGAGUCUGUAUGCAGAUGACUUUAACAUGCUUGCUUACUGGCCUCUUGUAUGCAGGUUUCCAUACUGGUUACACAUUUCGUUUGCCUUUCUGCCAAUCCAAUGUGAUCCAUCAGUUCUUUUGUGACAUCCCCUCUUUACUCAAACUCUCUUGCUCUGAGACUUUCAGUAAUGAAAUGAUUAUAAUUGCCUCUGGCCUGGGGGUUGGAGGUGGCUGCUUUACCUUCAUCAUUGCUUCUUAUGUUGGCAUAUUUUCCACUGUGCUGAAAUUUCCAGUGAAAGAGGAUCAAAGAAAAGCCUUUUCUACCUGCAUCCCCCACAUCAUCGUUGUGUUGGUGUUUCUGAUCUCAGGCUUUUAUGUGUACCUUCGGCCACCAUCAGUUUCUACAUCCAUCGAGGACAUGAUUCUUUCUGUGUUCUACUCUGUAAUACCACCCUUCUUGAACCCCAUCAUAUACAGUCUAAGGAACAAGCAGAUAAAGGAGUCUGUGCAAACAGUGAUAAAGAGAACUAUUUUUUUCCUAGAAGACAGCAAAAAUUAUUGA